AUGAGUAAUUUAAAAAAUAUUAAACACGGUGACAUUGCGAACGUCCACGACGAUUCAGAUUCCGACCUCACUAAUGACGAAGAAUUGCCGGCUAUUAGGACAUUGAGAAUGGACGCGGGCGAACAGAGCGACGCGUGUGGAAGACGCAAAAAGAGGCGAUCAAGCCGCAGGAAAAGUCGAUCGUGUAGAAGUCGUAGUUGUAAGAGCCGUUCGUCCAGGAGGAGACGUCAGCGUCGCUCCAAGAAGUGCGACGACCAGACGGCCGAAUUGAACAGCGACGAUUCGGAUGAUUCCACCAACGAAAAUGGCGACGUGCUCUCCAGACACCAUUACGGUACAGGUGUCGACGGAGGUGAGUCUAGCGACGCUUGCGGUUGCAGACGCCGCAAAAGGCGUUCCAGCAGACGUCGUCGCAAGAGCUGUCCACCAAAAUCCUCCCGGAUGAGACGUCAACGUCGUCGUUCCAGGAGAUGCAAUGACGAAUUUACCUCAGCCGCCAGCGAUCAUACAUCACGUGUAGCUAUCACCGAGUUGGCCACAACUCGUGGCUCAAAUAGAAGCGCGUCACGCCAUGUCAGUCGUCGCACCCGCACACCAUCGUCCAAACGCUAG